CCGCAGAUAUGUGCAUAAUGAAACGGUAUAGUCUGAGUAUGCAAAAGUGACUUUUGAGUACGGCAUCGGGCAUCUGUAAACUUGCCUGCGACUAGUUCAGCUCCUGUUAUCAUUGGUCCAUGAGUAAGGACCUAUGAGCAUAGGAGAUGCCCCAGAACACAGUGAAUCUUAGUUGCCCACCUCCCUGAGGCUGCCUGUAGAUAUAGAACAGAGUGGGGAGGGGGGGUGCAUGCAAUCAAAUAGGUGGUAAUAGCUUCUGAACCCAGAUGUUAACAGAGAAAGCUGGCCCAGAUACACGAUGCUCUUUGCCGGUCAUCUCAUCUACCUUGACUUCAGAAUUGUAGAUUAUUCUUUAGGGCCGGUAGCACCUCGUUGUUAGACUGUGGCUGAACCAUGAACUCAGUUGGGGACAUGACCUUCCUUUUUUCCCCAGCCUGUGAAAUCCUGGGGAGGUUGGCUAUUGCUGCCUCUAUUCACCUUGGGCGUGAUGCAAACAGAAAUUAACAUCUGUCUUCUUCCUUUUUCCACACCCCGAAGUCAUUUCCUCUUACCUGGGAUUUUGAUGUCUGUAUUCCCUCUGUGUGAUGGGUGCACACCGAGAGACAGGGAGGAGGGGGGGGAGGAACUUCUUAAAAUUCCCCAAAAUGUUUUGACGCUAGUUUUCAAUGUUGCAACUGGGACUAGUCAGUUUCUAGUUUGGGUUUCCAUCAGAGAGUUCUGUAGGAGUAGAGUAUAUAAGCUCUAGGAGCAACUGCAACGGCAGAAGGAGCAGCGGUCGAGGCACACCAGACCAGGCAGCCUGUAACUACCAAGAUGUGUCAUCAGAGGCUAACCAUCUCCUGGUUCGCUGUGGUUCUGCUGGCGUCUCCACUCAUGGCCAUAUGGGAGCUGGAGAAGGGUGUUUAUGUUGUAGAGGUGGACUGGUCCCCUGAUACACCUGGAGAGAGAGUGGUCCUCACCUGUGACACUCCUGAAGAAGAUGGUAUCAUCUGGACCUCAGACAAGAAGGAUGAUAUUGUAGGCUCUGGGAAAACCCUGACCAUCCAAGUCAAAGAGUUUUUAGAAGCGGGCCAGUACACCUGCCACAAAGGAGGCAAGACUCUGAGCCACUCACGUCUGCUGCUUCACAAGAAGGAAAAUGGAAUUUGGUCCACUGAUAUUUUAAAGGACCAGAAAGAUCCCAAAAAUAAGACCUUCCUGAAAUGCGAGGCAGCAAAUUACUCCGGACGGUUCACCUGCUGGUGGCUGACAUCCAUUAGCUCUGACUUGAAGUUCAAUGUCAAAAGCAGCAGCAGCUCCUCUGAUUCCCGAGCAGUGAGCUGUGGAGAGGCAUCUCUGUCUGCAGAGAAGGGCAUAGUGAACCAAAGGGAAUAUAAGAAGUACUCGGUGGCAUGCCAGGAGGAUGUCACCUGCCCGACUGCUGAGGAGACCGUGCCCAUUGAGCUGGUGUUGGAGGCGCAGCACAAGGACAAAUAUGAAAACUACAGCACCGGCUUCUUCAUCAGGGACAUCAUCAAACCGGACCCGCCCAAGAACCUGCAGGUGAAGCCGCUGAGGAACUCUCAGGUGGAGGUGUCCUGGGAGUACCCUGACUCCUGGAGCACUCCCCACUCCUACUUCUCCCUCAAGUUCUAUGUCCAGCUCUAUCACAAGAGAGAAAGGAAAAAUGACACUGUGAUAGACAAGACCUCUACCAAACUCAAAUGCCUCAAAGGUGCAGAGAUCCGCGUGCAAGCUCAGGAUCGCUACUAUAAUUCAUCGUGGAGCAAAUGGACAUCUGUGCCCUGCAGUUAGGGUCUAGUCCCAAGAUGCAACUUUGGAAGAAAAAAAAAAGUGGAAGACAUUAGGAAAAAAAGUUUAAACUCAUGAUGGAAGAGACCCCUCCCAAAAGCUUUUUUCUACUUAGUUGGCUUUUCCAGUGUUUUAGCUUCAUAAUGAUACCUUUGCUAUAUUUCUACAUUUAAAUGUCAAAUGUUCACUGAGACAACGAGCUAAUUUAUUAACAUAACGAGCCUUAUGUUAUUUAAAUAUUUAAGUAAUUUAUGUAUUUAUUAAUUUAUUUCUGUACUUAACAUUUGUAUACCAAGAUGUAUUGACUAUUUCAUGUUCUCAUGACCUGAUCCACAGGGACCAGGCCCUAUUAUGCAAAGUGUGAUUUUUUUUUAUUUUCUUCAACACCUUUUCAACCAGUGCACAGGUACCCUGGCUUUUGCGACAACCAAUAAGAGCAUAAUGUUCUGACACAAGCAAUGUUACGUAUUUGUGACCAGUAAAGAAAGACACAGGGGAUGUUAGGAGACUAUGAAGAAGCUAUGAAGGAAAUUAGUGCUGGCUCCAACAUCAAUGAAGACUUCCUAGCAGUGGCAUUGAUAAGAAGCCAGGACCACCUGUGCUUCUAAUAGUCUUUGGAUACCUAAAUUUAAAAGAUUUUCUAAAUCCAGGUUUGGGGCUAUAGCUCAGACGGUAGAGUGUUUGCCUAACUUUCACAAAGCCAUGAGUUUGGUCCCCAGCCCUGAAUAAACUAAGCACGGUGGUGCAUACCUUAAUCCUAGCACUAGGAAAAUGGAGGAACUUCAGAAAAAUCAGGCAUUCAGCAUCAUCCCCAUCUACAUUACAAGUGCAAGGCCAGCCUAGCCUAUAUGAUAUACUACCUCAAGAAGAAAGGAAGGAGAGAGGGGAUAGGAAGAGUUAACUGGUUACCUCCUUGACAGUCCCCACCUCCAGCUCUCAUAAGACACAGAAUAGAGGCAUCCUGGGUGUUUGGAAGAUAAGGAACUCUUGGAAUUGGCAUUUGAGAGGAAAUAUAAGUAUAGUUGUGUCUAAAGGACAUAAAAUCCAAAAUUCCUUAAUAACCAUGCGAAUGGAUGCAAAGAAAACCAUAUAGAAUCACUGUCUCAUCAGCCUGAGUACAGUUAUGACCUGACAGGUCUCCUCAUGCCCCCGAAGGUACUACAGCGACAUAGUGACCUAAUACCAUGCUUCUUGUAGUGAUCGCCUUUGUCUAUUUGUUUGUUUAUUUGUUUAUUUAUUUAUUUAUGCCUCGUGACA